GAUUUAAGGGAUCAUGCAUAUGAUGGAUAACUCGUCUUAUGUGAUAUUGACUCUUAUGGUGCCCAAAGACUCCAAAUCAUAUAGACAUGUAUAUUUUGUUUGCUUUCUUGCCUUAUAUGUGCUUAUAUUGUCAAUGAAUAUUCGUCUUUUUAUGGUCAUUAUUAUGGAGAAAGCACUUCAUGAACCGAUGUACAUAUUCUUAAGUCAUCUGUGUAUAAAUGGGGUUUAUGGAGCCUCAGGAUUUUACCCUAAAUUUCUGUAUGAUUUAAUAUUGGAUUCAUAUGUGAUCUCCUCUCACAUGUGUGCUCUGCAGAUCUUUGUUAUUUACAGCUCUUUACUGUGUGAAUUUACAAUAUUAACAGUGAUGUCUUAUGAUAGAUAUGUAGCCAUAUGCAAACCUUUAGACUAUCAUUCCAAAUUAACUAAAAAUACCUGUGUGAAAUUAAUUCUGUUUUCAUGGUUUGUUCCCAGUUUUUCUGUGUUCACUGGCACCCUGUUAUCAAAUUUGAAGCCAUUUUGCACUUAUCAUAUAGAUAAAUUAUAUUGUGACAACUGGUCAAUUGUAAAACUUUCUUGUGCAUCAUCUUUUGUAAAUAAUGUCUAUGGAUAUAUUGUCGCUAUCAUAUUUUUAAGCUUUGUAGUUUUCAUCAUAGUAUCCUACAUUAAAUUGAUCGCUGCAUGCAAAGCAUCUUUAGAAAACAGAAGGAAAUUCUGGCAAACAUGUCUGCCACACAUUUUAUUACUGAUAAAUUUCACUUUUGCUGUGUUAUUUGAUAUAAUGUAUAGCAGAUAUGGUUCAGAUGACAUUCCAGAGAGUCUGCGUCAUUUUUUGGCUUUAGAAUUAGUUAUAGUCCCACCUGUUUUUAACCCGCUAAUCUAUGGGUUAAAUAUUAGGGCAGUGCGCAAAAGAGUUUUUACUUCAUGUGUUGAAUCAAGAGUAAAAGUUUCAUGUGCAGCAAAAAAAAAUUUAAAACAUAAUUAAUUCUGUACUUUUCUGAAUGCUUAAACAGCAUGACACCUUGGUUUUUAUAAAUGAUUUGUCACAAAAUGCAUUUUUUGUAAGCAAAUUUCUAAUGAAAUGUGAAAUGUAUGUGAUAUAUUCCCAGCCAGCACACGUAUGUUGGUCUAAAUGAGUGUCACCAGGGCUACUGGGGCCCAGCCAGUUUUGUCCUCGGUUUCCAUGUAGGCCCUACAUGGAUUAGCCCAGAUGAAAUGAAAACUGCUCAGUGUGCACAUUGCAGGGUGUUAAAUGUAACACUGUGAACAGAAACUACAGCUUCCAUCCACAGCCUUAGAUGUAAUCAACUGAAGAUAAAAGAAGACAUUAAAUCUCUCGAGAUCUGAUUAAACAUCUCCACAAACAGCAUUACCAGCUUCACUUAUUACUAACAAGAUUGACUUUAUUUCUUUAUUUAUUAAGUUCAUUUCAUUGUUGUGUUGUGAUUCUACAGCAAGAGAUCUAGCACAGAUAAAUAAGAAAAUCUGAAUGAGUUUUAAAACACAAUUUACACAUUUUGAACUCCUGCGAGUUUUACUCACACACAGACAUAAAGAAUCAGCGUAUGAAUCUCAACGAUGACAUACUUCAUGCUGCAAUGCAUUCUUGUAGCCAUGGAUGCGUUUUGUAUGAUGCACCCAGAAUGCAUUGAUUGCAGCAUAAAGCAUGUCAUCAUUGUUGAGAUCCACAGGCUGAUUCUUGAUGUCUGUGUGUCAAACUUGGAGAGGUUUAAAAAUUUAUAAAUGAGCUCAAAACAUUUUUUUUUUUAAUCAUUUAGUUUUUCACUGCUGAAUUUCUUGCUGUAGAGUCACAACAGCAAUAAAAUUAACUUAACAUAUAACCUUAUAAAACUCCAACAUAAUGGCCUGGUUUCACAGACAGGACAUAGACUAAGGCAGGAUUAGGCCUUAGUU